AUGAGGCUUCCUACUCUCAUCCCAUUGGCCAUCGCCUCCAUUAUCCACACCGCAACGGGUGCUCCGGCACCCACUGCCCCUUCAUCCGUGAUAACGACAACCAAGAUCACCCCUUCAUACUGGCGUGCGACAUUUUCAGAUCCUCCAUUCAAUAUCCAAGGCAAUGCUUUCUUCCGUGAUUUCUAUACCCUUGUUGAUGAAAUUACCAGCGACCCUAAUGUCAAGGUUGUUGUUUUCGACUCGAAUUCGAAAUACUUCUUCUCCACACACGUGGACCUUAUAAAUACUCUAGACCCCGACUUGUACCCCGGUAACCCCCGAUACUGGGAUAGCAUUACUCGCCUAGCAAAAGCUCCGGUGCUCACAGUAGCUGCCAUCAGAGGCCUCACUUACAAUGCUGGUGCAGAGAUUGCAGCGGUUCUGGAUGUUAGAUUUGGGAGCAAAGAGAAAGCCGUACUUGCACAGUAUGAAGUCGGGUUCGGUGCAAAUCCAGGUGGUGGUGGAAUCGAGUUGUUGUCCCGCUUGGCUGGACGAAGUCGAGCCCUCGAAGUUGUAAUCGGUGCCGACAGCAUUGACGCUGAGACUGCUGCUCUCUACGGGUGGAUCAAUCGUGCAAUCCCAGAUGCUCAAUUCGAAAAGUUUGUUGACAAAUUUGCUCGCCGAGUAGCUGGCUGGGACCACUCUGCCAUCGCCGCAGCGAAGAAUCUCAUCAAUGGGCGCACCGGAUUUCCUACGGCAGACGAGCAGAUAGAGAGCUUUAACUCAUUCUUGAAAGCUGAUGCCCCAGGUGGCUUGGUGGACAGACGACUGAAAGCAAUGGCUGCCGCCGGAAUGCAGACCAACCUGAACUUUGAGGAGAAUUUUGGUCGAGAGGAAUUGAAGUUCGUCGGAAAUGGACCGUGGAACGCUUAG